AACUUCGUCACUGACAAUCGUCUUAUCAGGUACUUUUUAUUUCCUUGCAACGAUUUAUCCAAUCCUUCCAACUUAUACAACCAUCGCAUCUUGGAAGAUAUACUUGAUUCGUUUUUUUGUUCUUUCCACUUUAGACUAAUACAUUUGUGAUAGAUCCAAAACACCACCAAGCCUUGGGUAAAUUAUUCAAAUUUACAACCGACUGAACUAUACCCCAAAAAAGACAAUAGAAAACUAUAGAUCCUCUAGACGACUAUUGCUAUCAGUUUUAUAUUUGUGACUUUGACUUUAUAACGGAAUAACUGCCGAAAUCCAAACGAUCUAAUUAUAAAAUCUACCACAUAUACACAUACUACGCCCUUUUUUCGUUGCGAUUACCUAAAUUAUAAAAACAAUCAAUAUGGGACUUUGCGGUGGUUCACAAAAGACAAUUCAACGUAAAAUUGUCAUUCUAGGAGAUGGUGCCUGUGGUAAGACAUCACUUUUGAAUGUCUUCACUAGAGGUUACUUUCCACAAGUUUACGAACCUACAGUUUUUGAAAAUUAUGUGCAUGAUAUCUUUAUCGAUGGACAGUCGGUGCAAUUAUCAUUAUGGGAUACUGCUGGACAAGAAGAAUUUGACAGAUUACGAUCUCUUUCUUACUCAGACACCCAUUGUAUAAUGUUGUGUUUUUCUGUGGAUUCACCUGAUUCUCUUGAAAACGUACAAUCCAAGUGGGUAGGAGAAAUCGCUGAUCAUUGUGAAGGUGUCAAGUUAGUCUUGGUUGCCUUGAAGUGUGAUUUAAGGAAUAACGAAGACUCGGAGGAUUUCCGUGCCAGUACUGCUUAUAAUACCCAUUCAUCCAACCCAUAUGGAAACAAUUCAAACAUAUAUCAACAACAAAAAAGAUCAAUUUCUUAUGACGAAGGGUUGGCUGUUGCAAAAAGAAUUGGAGCAUUAAGAUAUUUGGAAUGUUCGGCGAAAAAGAAUCGAGGUGUUAAUGAAGCAUUUUCUGAAGCAGCCAGAUGUGCCCUUAAUGCAAAACCAAAGGGAGCCAAUGAUAAUGAACCUGACAAGAAAGGCUGUGUUGUUAUGUAGAGCCAUAUAAAUAUGAAUUAGACUUAUAUCCUUUA